GGAAAAGAGUGUUUCCCAUGUGAUUCAUUGAAUGUUUACGUUUGAAGUCUCUACUUUCUGUUGUAUUUAAAAGACUUGCAAUGGAGGAUGAUAUCUCAGCUGGUAGCUAUGACAACGUGAUGACCCGCCCCACGGCUCAGGUGGAUAUCGCCCAGUUUGUGGAAGAGGUGGAGCGGUUCAAUUGUAUGACAGAACCAUUCGCAUUCCUGCUCUACCUGUGGGACGACUUGAGAAGGUGGCGCUAUCCAGUGCUGACAGGCUGUUUGUGGUUGCUAUGUAACCUGGCCUGCCUGAUUUUAUCCCAAGCUGCGGUGUUCACUCUAGUCGCCUUAAUUGUGAUUCUGAUUGCCCUGGUGUGCUUGAUUCAACUGCAUACCCGUCUGCUUGACAAAUUCCUACCAGUAACCACGACAACAGAAUUCCAAGAUGAUUUGCUGGACGAACAUUCAGCUAUUCAGACAAUUAGAGAUUUCAAAUGGAGUCUGCUUCAAAUGCAUGAGUUUAUCUGCAAGUGCAAUCAAUACCUGCGGUAUUUCUACUGUCUGCUGAAAUGGGACUUCACCUUGCCUUCAUUAAGGUUCCACAUGGAGGUGUGUUUCCUACUGCUUUGCCUUGUCGUGUGUCCCACUCGCUGGACGGCUUUUCUUCUCACUAACUGGUUCUUCCUGGCCACAAACCAGGUGUAUACAGGUUGCCGUCGAAGAGUGUUCAACUUCAUUGAGUAUACACAGGGGAAAAGAAGCCUUGCUGCCAUUUUUGAAAAUCAAAACCAGUCAAAUAAUGCUGGCCCCACUCAAAAGGAGUGUAUGAACGGAGGAGCCUUGUCAGAGGGGGUCGAGGCCUUGGGGGAGGACGGGGUCAACUCCUCCCUCACUGAUGCUGACAAACUCUCUGAUACUGGUGCGGAGGGAGAAGACGUGGAGCUGCAACCCAGCAGUGACAGCAAGCCAGGAAUGGUGGCCAGGCUGAUGGACCUCAAGAGGAGGCAGACCUGUUUUGAAUGCAAGGCAUCGUUUUCAUCUAUCCUGAAACGCAGGAACACCUGUUGUCACUGUGGAAACAGCUUCUGCUCUAAGUGCUGCAACCAGAAAGUACCCAAGUCCCUUCUCGGUGUAACAGCACCGUCUACCCAGACAGACCUGGUGUUGGUGUGUGUCGUCUGCCUCAAUCUCUUAAUGGAUGAACAGAAGGACAAGAUGUCAUAGCAAUUAUGUCCCUUGACAGCUGAGAGUUGUUGCCCUUGAUGGGCUAGAGUUGUGUAACUUAAUUGAUGGUUAUUACUUGGGAUGAAGAAACUAUAUGUUCCUUGUUCUGGGAAAAUUUGCUUAAAUGCAUUUACUGAAAGCAUUGUCCCAGGUUUAUAUGUUUAGUCUUCACAUCGUCCCAGGUUAAGAUGUUUAGUCUUCACAUCGUCCUAGGUUAAGAUGUUUAGUCUUCACAUCGUCCCAGGUUAAGAUGUUAAGUCUUCACAUCGUCCCAGGUUAAGAUGUUUAGUCUUCACAUCGUCCCAGGUUAAGAUGUUUAGUCUUCACAUCAUCCCAGGUUAAGAUGUUUAGUCUUCACAUCGUCCCAGGUUAAGAUGUUUAGUCUUCACAUCGUCCCAGGUUAAGAUGUUUAGUCUUCACAUUGUCCCAGGUUAAGAUGUUUAGUCUUCACAUCGUCCCAGGUUAAGAUGUUUAGUCUUCACAUUGUCCCAGGUUAAGAUGUUUAGUCUUCACAUUGUCCCAGGUUAAGAUGUUUAGUCUUCACAUCGUCCCAGGUUAAGAUGUUUAGUCUUCACAUCAUCCCAGGUUAAGAUGUUUAGUCUUCACAUCGUCCCAGGUUAAGAUGUUUAGUCUUCACAUCGUCCCAGGUUAAGAUGUUUAGUCUUCACAUCGUCCCAGGUUUAGAUGUUUAGUCUUCACAUCGUCCCAGGUUUAGAUGUUUAGUCUUCACAUCGUCCCAGGUUAAGAUGUUUAGUCUUCACAUUGUCCCAGGUUAAGAUGUUUAGUCUUCACAUCGUCCCAGGUUAAGAUGUUUAGUCUUCACAUCAUCCCAGGUUAAGAUGUUUAGUCUUCACAUCGUCCCAGGUUAAGAUGUUUAGUCUUCACAUUGUCCCAGGUUAAGAUGUUUAGUCUUCACAUCGUCCCAGGUUAAGAUGUUUAGUCUUCACAUCGUCCCAGGUUAAGAUGUUUAGUCUUCACAUCGUCCCAGGUUAAGAUGUUUAGUCUUCACAUCGUCCCAGGUUAAGAUGUUUAGUCUUCACAUCAUCCCAGGUUAAGAUGUUUAGUCUUCACAUCGUCCCAGGUUAAGAUGUUUAGUCUUCACAUCGUCCCAGGUUAAGAUGUUUAGUCUUCACAUCAUCCCAGGUUAAGAUGUUUAGUCUUCACAUCGUCCCAGGUUAAGAUGUUUAGUCUUCACAUCGUCCCAGGUUAAGAUGUUUAGUCUUCACAUCGUCCCAGGUUAAGAUGUUUAGUCUUCACAUCGUCCCAGGUUUAGAUGUUUAGUCUUCACAUCGUCCCAGGUUAAGAUGUUUAGUCUUCACAUCGUCCCAGGUUAAGAUGUUUAGUCUUCACAUCGUCCCAGGUUAAGAUGUUUAGUCUUCACAUCGUCCCAGGUUAAGAUGUUUAGUCUUCACAUCGUCCCAGGUUAAGAUGUUUAGUCUUCACAUUGUCCCAGGUUAAGAUGUUUAGUCUUCACAUCGUCCCAGGUUAAGAUGUUUAGUCUUCACAUCGUCCCAGGUUAAGAUGUUUAGUCUUCACAUCGUCCCAGGUUAAGAUGUUUAGUCUUCACAUCGUCCCAGGUUAAGAUGUUUAGUCUUCACAUCGUCCCAGGUUUAGAUGUUUAGUCUUCACAUCAUCCCAGGUUAAGAUGUUUAGUCUUCACAUCAUCCCAGGUUAAGAUGUUUAGUCUUCACAUCAUCCCAGGUUAAGAUGUUUAGUCUUCACAUCGUCCCAGGUUUAGAUGUUUAGUCUUCACAUCGUCCCAGGUUAAGAUGUUUAGUCUUCACAUCGUCCCAGGUUAAGAUGUUUAGUCUUCACAUUGUCCCAGGUUAAGAUGUUUAGUCUUCACAUUGUCCCAGGUUAAGAUGUUAAGUCUUCACAUCGUCCCAGGUUAAGAUGUUAAGUCUUCACAUUGUCCCAGGUUAAGAUGUUUUGUCUUCACAUUGUCCCAGGUUAAGAUGUUUAGUCUUCACAUGCUAAUCAUGGGGGACACAAAAUUCCAUUAAAGCGGAAAAUGUGUUCCCUGUUUAGCCUGCGCGGACUGCAGAGGCUUAUCUUGGAUGAUACUUUAUGCACAUGCAGUAAGCCCUGUUUUCCUAGAACCAGGCUCAUUUCAGCUGCUGUUGUAGUUGCAUAACCAAUUAAAGCAGUUAGUUCUAUUAUAGAAAUCAUAUUUAGAAAUCUUAAUUGUACAUGAAAAGGCUUAGUUGUGUCACACUGUUGGUACUUUUCUGGUUGUCUUAUGAUAUUGUUUUGAAUUUUUGUUUGUUAUUUUCUUUGUCUAAUAUUUUGUAGCUCACCUUUGCACAUAGUGCUUUUUGUGAGCCUUUAGAUUACUGAAAUGUUUAUGCAUGCAUGCAUGAGUGGGUUAACUUGUUCUCUUGAACCACUUGACAGAUUUAAAACUUAAUAGGAAUGAUCCUAAGGUGACUAUCUUUCAUAAAUCUUAAAAUCCUUUGGGUCAGCUGCAUUUGCCAGUCACCAGAGUUAAAAACGGUGAUAAACAUUCAAAACUUCUUUCCAGUAAAAGCUAAGUCUAGGAGUUUGACACUCUAGAAGUCAAAUUUCAUACCUCAUCAUAAUUAAUCUUUUUCAGAACAUUUGUUUAAAUGUUAAUUCUGCUGAUUUCUAAAAUAUACAUAGGCGUAUUGAUUGUGGAUAAAGUAAUGGAAAACACAGCGCACUGUUAUUUUUAGGUUAUAGAUGUAUUGUUGAUUAAUCAAUCUUUUUGUUUUACCUCAGUUUAGUUCAAGGGUUAGUUGAUUUAAUUUUAGUAUAGUUUUGUGUCUUUUUGCCUUAUUAAUAACAUUUUAUACAACCACACAUAUAGAUAUAUAUUAUUUUUAUCUGUUUUUUCUAUAAGCAUUAUGAAAUGUUAUCCAACUAUAUAAACUUUUAUCCAACAUAGACAGAGAUAAGUUUACUUUCUAUAUACUUGAAAUUUAUUUCGCUUCUAUAUAAUUAAAAGAUGUUAUGAUUGUAAACCAACUUGCAUGAAAAUAUUUACAAAAAGAUUUAAAGAUAUACAUGUAUAAUCAGUUCAUUAUAUGCUAGUCAAGUUUUCAUCAUCAUUGUUGCACAAGCUGUUCUCAUGUUGUUGUGUGUCAAAUUUGUAUUUGUGCCUGAAUGGUCUGGAAGGUCAAUACUCAAAGUGCCAUCACAUGGAAACGGGCCUUGCUCUGGCAAAACGGGUUUAAUGUAUGUGGGUUAAGUGUUAUCCCUGAUUAUCAUGUGCAAACUGCACAGGCUGAUCUGGGAUAACACUUUACCCACAUGCAUUAAACUCAUUUUCCCCAUACGAGGCUCAAAUAUUGGAUACAAAAUUACCAGUGCAAGGUAUUUCAUCAAAACAGCCCUUAUACAGGGGUGUCAAUUUUCCGGAUUAUUCCGGAAAUCCGGAUUUGAGCCGGCCAGGGUUGAUUUUGACGUGAAUGUAAAUCCGAUGAGUUUGUUUAAGGCGGGUGGGGGUAGGGACAAAAUUCUUUUAGUGCGGGAUCAUUUCAGAACGAAUAUUGUUAUAGCAUCGUCGGCAUUCCGGACAUUUGCGCUUGGUACCGAUUUUAUUUAUUGAUAUCUGAUUGGUAAGCGGCUGGCACUGACAUGAGCAGUAACUGGCUAAGUAAAGCACUGCAAUAUCAUAUUUUAAAACAAUAUGUUAAUCAAAUUAUAUAUUGACUGCGUAUUUGCUAGGUUACUGGUUACUGGUUUUCAUUUUCUGCAGUCAAACAAUAUGCAUAUUUUAUUUCAUUUGCAAAUGAUGUAUCGUGACAUGUUUUUGGACAGUCGUUUUCGGAUACGCUGGUUUGUCGAUUUUAAUUUAAUUUCGAAGUUCUUAAUAUCAUUUAUUUAGAAUGACAAAUACACAUGCGGUGUUAUGGAUGGUUUGGUUUAUAAUAUUUCGCAUUGUACUCACCAGAAAUUGCACCUAGAAAGACUAUUAAAAAAAAGAACAAUAAGCUAGGGCUCGGGGGGUCGGGCCCUCUCUUCCCUUUAUCCUACGGCUUAAUUUUCCGGAUUUCAAAUUUGGGACAAUUUACACCCCUGCUUAUAGUUGUUUUACUCCCCCUAGCAGUAAAUAGUAAUCACUGUCAUAAAAAAAGUUCUUCUCAUGAUUACCUCUACUUAUUCAAUUAAACACAUUUUCCAGUUUGUUUUUUCCGACAUGAUAUUUCAUUCAUAGUCAUCAAAUAAAGAAGAAGAAAUAAAUUAAUCAAAAUCAUAACAGUCAAUAUACUUGACUACAUUCUCAUCACAUUGUGUUGUAUGUGGACAGAAAUACCAUUUCAACACUCGUAUCUUCAUAUAUUGAAUAGUAGUUUUUUGUAGGCUUGUUUUUAUUUUCAUUAGCAUUUAAUCAUGAAUUAUUUUUUUUUAAUCAUUCUUAUUUUACAGACCAUGGGAAAGGCAUUUGUAAAGUGAAUUCCACUAAUAUUAUCAUCAACUUUUGUGUUGCUUGUAGUCCAUGUUUUCAUUGGUGUGCUCUUAGUUAAGAAAUUCUAUGUUAAAUUAAAUAUUUUAGAUUUUUAUUUGAUGUCUUUUUUAUUGCCAUUUGUUAAUUUUGCUUUUAAAAUUUGUUUAUAUUUAUUUUACGGAUAGUUAUUUAGAAUAUACUUUUUGUUUUUAUUUAUUUUAUUAUAAGAAUGCUUAAUAGAUUUAUUUUCCUUUAAUAUCUGUCAGUUGCUUGUUUGCUUUCUUAAAUAAAAAUGAAAGAUCUACCUAGAAGAUCCUAAUACUUUGAUUUCCUUAGUUGCAUUUAGCCAGUGUCUGGGAAAACUGGGCUUAAUGCAGUCUGCACAGGCUCAUCAGAGACCACACUUCUUGCCUUAACUGGAGUUUUGUUUAAAAGUGACUUGCUAAAAAAAAACAAAAAAACGUUAAAGCAGGAUGUCACUUAACACACAUGCAAUAAGCCCAGUUUUCCCAACAGUCCUCCAAUGUUUAAUAUAAAUUCACUUUAAACAUUCUGUUAACUUUGUGCAAACUGGGCAUAACAUUGUAUUAUGUGAAUUGGGAAUAAGACAUCAAAUUGGGAAUGGACAUCAUUUUGGUGAUUUUCUCAAACAAAACUAUUCAUUUCAUGAUCUACAUUUAUUUUUGUAAUAUAUUAUCUAUAAUUUAAGCUUAAUAAGCAAUUUUCCAUGACUUUUUCAUUAACAGUGAUUGUAUUUUUAUCAUUUAAAGUGUAUUUUUAAAACGUGUCCAUGCGCAGCAUGGACACAGUUCAUUUCAUGAGGAUUUUUUUUUUUUAUUACUAAAAAAUCCAGUUUUGAAGUAAAAUCAAUUUAAAUGAUGCUUCUAUAUAUGCAAGUAUCUGUUUUAAUUAUAAUUUGUCAAACUAGAUAAAUACAACAUAUAAAACUGCAUAUUAUGCACUUUUGAUAAAACACAAUUUAUUCCCAAAUUGAUGUCUUAUUCCCAAUUCACAUAAUACAGUGUUGCAUGUAUUUGUGUUUUUUAACAAGAUUUAAAAAAUAAUGCAAGGAACUAACUCAUGCCAUCAAUCUAUGCAUGUAUGCAUGUUAUUCAGACCACCUUUACUUUCUCUUGAAAUACUCUGUAGUGACUGUAUUUUGUCAAAGUAAGAUUGUAGCCAUGAAUGUGUUUGCAAUAUUUGGGUUUUUGUAAUAAGAGGACUACUGGUUUGUUGGAAACAAAUAUAUUUUGAUGCACAUAAAUCUCUGACCAAAUUGAAAGCAUUUCUAUCUUGGCAUUGACUUGGCAUUUGUAAAUGUAAGCAAUUGAUAGGGCAUGUCAAUAUAUACAUAUACGUGGAUUGAGUGUGGAUUUAACGAGGCGAAACGAUAGCUUCAAUCGCAUACAUUGACAAAAUCGUACAUGUAUUUAUAUGUAUACAGAAUGACAAGAACAGGUGUACAAUGUUUUGUAUAUAAUCCUUUCAUAAUAGUUAUAGCAGAAGUUGACAUUUUGUUUUUACUUUCUAGUCAUUAUAGAGCUCAUGUUUGUAUUUGCUUUCAUAGUCAGCAUUAUGUAAAUGGCUCCUUACUUUAAAUGGUGUUGGUAUAUACAUCACACUUGUCAAUUGUAAAUCAAAAAUCGUGUUUGUGUGCGGUGUAAUCUUCAAUAUUAUCCGAAUGUUGGUAUUAAUGGUAUAAGACAAGGCACACACAAUAUUUGAGCUUCAAUAUUUUACACUUAAUGCAUGUGCGUAAAGUAUUGUCCCAGACGUUAAUCAGGGUCGACCAAUUCUGACUAGACUGUAUUUUCAUUUAGAUUAAACUUUCUUUAAAUGAAAAAGUUGAUACAAGUGGAAAGAGUUGUUCCUGAUCAACCUGUGUGGACUGCACAAAUUAAUCUGGGAAGAUACUUUACACACAUGGUUCCUUGUUUUUUAAUCAUGUUUGUCACCAUUUUUGGACGACAGAUUUUACAUUAUACCUUUUAAUAUGUACAUGUUAAGAAUUGUCUUUUGUAUACAUUUUAUCGUUUUGAAGUCCUUUAGUAUCCAAGUUUAACCAUUUGAAUCCAGCCAUUUACCUCGCAAUCUUUCAAAGUAUUUCCUUGUACAUUUUCUUGCCUUCUAUUAGUGUUCUUACAUGUACUAUGCCAUUUGUAGAUACAUGUACUGUGCAAUAAAACAACUAACCAUG